AUGCUAAUAAUCGGCCUCACCGGCUCCAUCGCGACCGGGAAAUCGACCGUCUCCUCCCUCCUCAGCUCCCCACCCUACUCCCUCCCGAUAAUCGACACCGACCUGCUCGCCCGAAAAGUCGUCGAACCCGGUACACCAGGCUACAAAGCCAUCGUGAAUUACUUUGGACCGACGACGCCGGAUCUUCUCCUCCCCGAUGAUCCCUCCUCCAGCAUCAACACCAACAACAACGAGAACAAACUAGGCCGUCCACUCAACCGCCCUGCCCUAGGCCGGCGUAUCUUCGGCACGGAUGCCUCGCGAACUCGCGAUCGAGCGAUCCUUAAUAAGAUCGUACAUCCGGCGAUCCGACGAGAAAUCUACAAGGCGAUAUUAUAUUACUACGUGCGGGGCCAUUGGGCCGUUGUGCUCGACGUGCCACUAUUAUUCGAAAGCGGGAUGGAUCUGCUCUGCGGGGUGGUGAUGGUGGUUGGGGUGAAAGAUCCGGCGGUGCAGAUGGAGCGGUUACGGUUACGGGAUAAGCAUCUUUCGGUGCAGGAGGCGGAGGAUCGGGUAAGGAGUCAGGGGGAUGUGAAGGGGAAGGUGGAACGGGCGGAGUGGAGGGGGAAGGGGAGGGGGGUGGUGGUUUGGAAUGAUGGGGAUCGAGGGGAUUUGGAGGUUGAGGUGAGGCGGGCGAUGGGGGUGGUUGGGGGGAGAGGGUGGUGGACGUGGUUGUUGUGGGUGGUGCCGCCGAUGGCGCUGCUCGUGGCGGGGUGGAAUUUGGGGGUCAAUUUUUGGUUGAAGAGGGGGUGGGAGGGGAGGGAGAGGGAGAGGAAGGCCAAGUUGUGAUCCUAUCUUGUUAUGUAUGAGAUGAAGAUGGUGGUGUAUGUUUAUGCUGAUGAUAUCACGUGCGGGACUGUGAACUAUACAACUACUUGUGCUCUACUUCUCCUCUUCUGGUGAUAUGGAAGAAUCCAACCUCCCGUAGGAUCCUACACAUAGGAGCUAUCCUCCAAGAUGAAGGAAUCAAC